AUGGCGGACCGACCGAUCGCGUUUUGCGAACAUCUGCAGCUGUCAUCGGUUGGCAUUCAGCCAGCUUCCAUUUCGUUCAAUACCUUGACACUUGAGUCUGACCGAUUCAUUUGCGUGCGCGAGAAAGUUGGAGAGCAAAAUCAAGUCGUAAUUAUUGAUCUUUCCGACGCGAACAAUGUUAUUCGUCGACCCAUCACCGCUGACACGGCCAUCAUGCACCCUAAGGAGAAGAUCAUCGCAUUGAGAGCCGCGCGUCAAUUACAGGUCUUUAACAUAGAAACAAAACAAAAAGUCAAGUCGCAUAUUGUCAACGACGACAUCGUAUUCUGGAAGUGGUUGGACGAUAGCACCCUCGGCCUCGUCUCUGAAACAGCUGUCUUCCAUUGGACAAUCAAAGACGCCACAUCUCCCCCUCAAAAGGUCUUUGACAGGCAUGCAUCUUUAUCCGGAGCCCAAAUUAUCAACUACCGAGCAAGUGGAGAUGGGAAAUGGCUCGUGCUUGUUGGGAUAAUGGGAAAUACGGCUCCUGGAGGCUUCAAGGUCAAGGGUGCUAUGCAAUUGUUCAGCCGUGAACGUAAUGUUAGCCAACCUAUUGAAGGGCACGCCGCAGCAUUCGCGGAGCUCAAGAUAGAUGGUCAGGCCAACCCUACCAAACUCUUCACUUUUGCUGUCCGGACUGGGACGGGUGCCAAGUUGCAUAUUGUCGAAAUUGACCACCAAGCACCCAACACACCGUUCCAGAAAAAAGCAGUCGACGUCUUUUUCCCUCCCGAAGCUACAGCCGAUUUCCCUGUCGCUGUACAGGUGUCUAAACAACAUGGGAUUAUCUACCUAGUUACCAAACUUGGGUUCAUUCAUCUUUAUGACCUCGAGACCGGCGCCUGCGUUUACAUGAACAGGAUUAGUGGCGACACAAUAUUUGUCACUGCCGAGCACGAAGCUACCCACGGAAUCAUCGGGGUUAACAGACGUGGACAGGUGCUUAGCGUCAGCGUAGACGACAACACUAUUAUCCCAUAUAUUUUAGGUACCCUGAACAACACUGAGCUUGCUUUUAAGCUUGCCAGCCGCGCCAACCUUCCUGGUGCGGAUGACCUCUACGUCCGUCAGUAUCAGCAAUUGUUUCAGGGCGGGCAGUAUGCCGAGGCUGCAAAGAUUGCUGCUAAUUCGCCUAGGGGUAUUCUUCGUACGCCUCAAACAAUCGAGCAAUUUAAGCAGGUUCCUGUUCAACCUGGAACGCUUUCCCCUAUUUUGCAAUACUUUGGUAUCUUGUUGGAAAAGGGAGAACUCAACAAACACGAGUCUUUGGAACUUGCAAGGCCCGUACUUGCUCAGGGCAGAAAGCAGCUGUUGGAGAAAUGGUUGAAGGAAAACAAGCUCGAUUGCAGCGAAGAACUGGGAGACAUCGUUCGCACGCACGACCUCACAUUAGCACUCAGUGUCUACCUCCGCGCUAACGUCCCGAACAAAGUCAUUGCUUGUUUCGCCGAGACGGGGCAGUUCGACAAGAUCUUGCUGUACUCGAAGAAGGUUGGAUACACACCCGAUUUCUCACAGCUCCUUCAACACGUUAUGAGAGUCAAUCCCGAAAAGGGCGCAGAGUUUGCCAGCCAAUUGGUUAAUGAUGAGGCCGGGCCCCUGGUUGACAUUGAGAGGGUUGUGGAUGUUUUUAUGGCCCAAAACAUGAUUCAACCGGCGACUUCCUUCCUCUUGGAUGCGCUCAAAGACAACAAGCCCGAACAAGGCCACCUUCAAACUCGCCUUUUGGAAAUGAACCUGCUACAUGCUCCUCAGGUCGCCGAUGCUAUCCUGGGCAACGAGAUGUUCACCCAUUACGAUCGCCCGAGGAUAGCAAAUCUUUGCGAGCGAGCUGGUCUUUUGCAGCGCGCUCUUGAUCAUUAUGAAGACCUUGCGGAUAUUAAGAGGGUCGUUGUACAUACAAAUGUACUCAAUCCCGAGUGGCUCGUCAACUUUUUCAGCAAACUUACGACCGAACAAACUCUCGCCUGCUUGAAUGAGAUGCUUCGCGUCAAUAUUCGCCAAAACCUUCAGGUUGUCGUUCAAAUCGCAACCAAAUACUCGGACAUUCUCGGUCCUGUCAAGCUCAUCGAGAUGUUCGAGUCUUUUAAGAGUUUUGAGGGUCUAUACUACUACCUCGGUUCUGUCGUCAAUUUGAGUGAGGACCCCGAGGUUCAUUUCAAGUACAUCCAAGCUGCAACUCGAACAAACCAGAUACGCGAAGUCGAGCGCAUUUGCCGAGAGAGCAACUUCUAUAAUCCCGAAAAAGUCAAGAAUUUCCUCAAGGAGGCCAAGCUCCAAGAUCAACUGCCGCUCAUUAUUGUCUGCGAUCGAUUCGACUUUGUCCAUGACCUCGUCCUCUACUUGUAUCAAAAUGGCCUAACUAGCUCGAUCGAGGUGUAUGUCCAGCGCGUAAACUCGGCACGUACACCCCAGGUUAUCGGUGGAUUGCUUGAUGUGGACUGCGACGAAUCGAUGAUCAAAACUUUGCUCGCAUCAGUGACAGGCAACUUCCCAAUUGACGAGCUGGUCGAAGAGGUUGAGAAACGCAACCGGCUCAAAUUGAUUCUGCCUUGGCUCGAGGCCAGGAUUGCUCAAGGCAGCCAGGAUCCUGCUGUCUUUAAUGCACUCGCCAAGAUUUACAUAGAUAGCAAUAACAACCCGGAAUCAUUCCUGAAGGAGAACAAUCUCUAUGAUCCUCUCACUGUCGGUAAAUAUUGCGAGAAACGCGACCCGUAUCUCGCGUUUAUCGCAUAUGCCAAGGGAUUCUGCGACGACGAGCUCAUUUCAAUUACUAAUGAUAAUGCUAUGUUCAAGCACCAGGCUCGGUACUUGGUCAAACGUCGCCGUCUCGAACUUUGGCAGCAAGUUCUCGUCUCGGAUAAUUUGCAUCGCAGGCAGCUCAUUGACCAAGUGACUGCCACUGCCGUUCCGGAGUCCACUGAUCCUGAUGACGUCUCAAUCAUCCUUGAACCCUCUCCAUUCAGUGAUAAUAAGAAUCUCCAAAACCUUAUGCUCCUUACGGCUAUUCGCGCCGAAAAGGGCAAAGUUGUUGGGUAUAUCAACAAGCUUAACAACUAUGAUUCUGGCGAGAUUGCCAAGAUUGCCGUUGACCACGGGUUAUUCGAGGAGGCACUCACGAUAUAUAAAAAAUACGAGCAACAUGUACUCGCUAUCGAUGUGUUGGUCGGAGACAUUGCGAGCAUUGAGCGCGGGCUGGACUUUGCGAACAAGAUCAAUAAGCCUGAAGUUUGGAGCAGGCUUGCCAAGGCUCAGUUAGACGGGCUCCGCAUUCGAGAUGCUAUUGAUUCUUACAUUAAGGCCGAGGAUCCCUCGAACUUCCAUGAGGUUAUCGAGAUUGCUAGCCGAGCAGGUAAACACGAAGACCUUGUCCGCUACCUUCAGAUGGCACGCAAAUCCUUGCGCGAACCCAAGAUUGACACCGAGCUCGCAUAUGCGUACGCGAAGACAGACCGUCUGCACGACAUGGAGGACUUCUUAUCUAUGACUAACGUUGCGGACAUUCUGGACGUUGGUGAAAAGUGUUUCAACGAUGAGCUUUACCAGGCUGCCAAACUUCUUUCUCGAGCAUCUCUAAUUGGGCAAGAAAACCAGGCCGCUGUCGAAAGUGCAAGGAAAGCCGGAAAUACCCAGGUCUGGAAGCAGGUUCAUGAAGCGUGCAUCGAAAAGGCUGAGUUCCGUCUCGCUCAAAUUUGUGGUCUCAACAUCAUCGUUCAUGCUGAGGAACUCCCGGGCUUGAUUAAGCGAUAUGAAAAGCGUGGCUACUUUGAUGAAGUUCUUCAGCUAUUAGAAGCUGGUUUGAGUCUUGAGCGUGCCCACAUGGGUAUUUUCACCGAGCUUUCCGUCCUUUACAGUCGUUACCGUCCAGAAAAAACAAUCAUGGAGCACCUCAAACUCUUUGUGUCUCGCAUCAAUAUCCCUAAGGUUCUCAAGGCCGCCGAGCAAGCACACCUUUGGCCAGAGCUUGUCUAUCUGUAUGUGAAGUAUGACGAAUAUGACAAUGCUGCGCUUGCUAUGAUGGAACACUCGCCCGACGCUUGGGAGCACAACCAAUUCAAAGAAAUUGUCGUCAAGGUUGCCAAUGUUGAAAUCUUCGAUAACUUCAAUACCAUGGCGUUGGCACGAAAACUCGAACAGCACGAACUACUCGAGUUCCGCAGGCUGGCUGCACAUCUGUACAAGAAAAACAAACGGUGGGAAGAAUCAUUGUCGCUGUCCAAGCAAGACAAGCUCUACAAGGACGCGAUCCAAACGGCAUCUGUUUCGGGAAGCACCGAAGUCGCAGAGGACCUCAUUUCGUAUUUCGUCGACAUUGGCAACAAGGAAUGCUUCGCCGCUAUGCUCUACGCAUGCUUUGAUCUCUUACGCCCGGAUAUUGUUAUGGAACUAUCAUGGCAUAAUGGCCUUAACGACUUCUAUGUUCCUUACCAAAUACAAAUUCAACGCCAGACGCUCGAAAAGAUUGCCACUCUAGAAAAGGAGGUCAAGGAACAAACGAAGAAGACUCAAACACGCGAGCAACAGGAGGCCGACCAACCCAUAAUCAACCCUGGUGGAUUUGGCAACCAACGAAUGAUUACUGCUGGGCCUGGUAUGGGUGCUCCUCCACCAAUGUAUCCCAACGGUCUCAACGGCAUGCAACCGAUGGGCCAUAUGAAGCAACUGGGAGGGUUGCAUACCGCGCAGUUUAUGGCUGCAUCUGCAAUUGCAGACGAGGAACCUGAAGUUUCGGACCAGGAGAUCUCGCAGAGCGUGGACAAUGCUGUGUCUUAG